CCGCGGGACGCAGGCGAUGCGUCGACUCCCCGGCGGAGCGGGGCUCCUCGGCGUGGUGCUGCUGGCGGCUCUGCGGGCGGCGGCGCGAGGGCCCCCCAUGAGGGCGCCCCCGAGGGCUCCCCCGGAGGAAGCCGCGGGGCUGGCGGAGGUGACCAUCGAGGUGGUGGAGGACCCCCAAGCCAAGGUGGAGAUGGACCUGUUGGCCGAGCCCAGCAAUCGCUGGCCCCAGAGUGCUCCUAGCUGGCUGCCUAGCAAGGAGCUCCUCUGGCCCCUCUUCUGGGGCUACCUGGAAGGCAAGGAAGGGGGCACCGGUCUCAAGGGCAGCGCCCCAGGGGAAGAGGAGGAAGAGGAGGAAGAAGAGAAUUACCCUGCAGAGUACAGUGAGGGUGAGGACCAGGAGGGCAGUGAUGAGAAAGAUGAGGAGGAGGAACCUUGGUCCAGUGGGGCCACAGACAGCUGGGACCAGGGCUGGCUGGCCCCCGGGAACUGGGCCUUCAAGGAGUCGGACAGCUACGCUCCCAGCUUUGCCCCAGACUGUGAGCCUCAGGAGGAGUGGAGCCCCUGGUCUCCCUGCAGUGGGAGCUGCAGCAGCGGCAGCCAGUGGAGGACUCGGCCCUGUGGCUACGCCUGCACUGCCACCAAGUCCCAUGCCUGCAACCUGCCCCCCUGUCCUGGCACCGAGGACGAGGACACCUUGGGUUUCCCCAGUGAGGGUUGGCAGCCCCUGGCCCACAAUGCUACGAACAUGCUUGGCCCAGAUGAGGACAGCUGUGAGAAGUGGCUGAACUGCAAAAGCAACUUCUUAGCCAAGUACCUGAGCCAGGUGCUGCAGGACCUGCCCAGCUGCCCGUGUGUGUACCCGCUGGAGGCCGGGAACAGUCCGGUGGGCCUGCAGGAUGAGCAUCAGGGCCGCAGCUUCCAGUGGAGGGACGCCAGUGGCCCUCGAGAGCGCCUGGACGUUUACCAGCCAGCGUGCUUCUGCCUGCACUCCCUGCUUGGGUGGAGCAGCACGCUGGCCACCCAGCACUGCUGCUAUGAUGAGGGCAGCCGGCUGCUGACCCGCGGCAAGGGCGCUGGAGUGCCUGACCUCAUCAGCAACGACUUCUCACCUGAGCUGCUCAAGGUGGACACGCUGCCAUGGAUCCUGUGUAAGGGGGACUGGAGCCGCUACCAUGCUGUGUGGCCCCCCAACAACAGCCGGGCCUGCGCCAACAACCCCCCAGAGGAGAAGCACCUGGCCCAGUUGCAGGAGGCCAAGGAGUACUGAUGAGGGGGCUACUGGGCAGAGACUGCAGGGAGAGCUUUCCUUGCAGGCCCUCUCACCCCUGCCCCUGCCCGGGUCCAGUGAGAGCAAGGGCUCACGCGGUGAGGCUGGGCUGGUGCCGUGUGCCGUCUGCCUAUGACCGCAAGGCAGGUCAGGGCCUCAGGUGUUGCAGUGCGGUUGGGCAGAAGGUUCAAGGGGGUAUAGGGCCUGGGAUGAGGGGAGGGAGCCCAGCCCCCAAGGCCCCUGGGGCUGCACUGGAAAUGCUUGUGCACUCAGUGUCUGCAGGGCCUUCCUCUCCUGCCUGCUGGGAGCUGUCAUCCCAGGCUGGCCACACAUUUUUCUCCCUCUCCUUCACAGCUAGGCUCUUUUGCCCUGGCUCUGCACGCAGGGCACGUCCUGAUUCCCAGGACCUACCUGAAUUGCUCAGCCGAGGAGGGGCAGGGUGACGAUAGGACAGUCAGUCCUCAUCAUCACAGCUGCCCUCUGCUGGGCUGACAUCCCACCCUGUGGCCAGUGCUCCCCAUCUCCAGGUGGUGCACGUACCCCUCUUGCCCACACCCUGCCAGAAGCCACCUGCACAGGAGGCUUGUCCUCAGCCCCAAGCCACCCUUCUGGUGGGCACCGUGACGGCUGGGGCGAGGCUGACUCCAGGCAGGGAGUGGGUCGGCACCUAUGGUCCCUUUCCUUUGUUCAGGCCCCUCUGUUCUGCCCAGAUUGUAGGAAUGUGUGGGGCUGGGAGCUAGCUUGGCCCUGAGUGGGAAGGUUGCCACUGGUCGCAGCAGGUAGGCUCAGAACUGGCUCAGGAUGGUGUGUCAUGCACCUGUAGUGAUGGUCACCCAGGUCUAUGGAGGGAAAAUGUUGAUUUGUAGCAUUUGGGCAACCUUUGUGUUGUAAAUACUCCCAAUAAUGGCCUAUUUCAAGCUCCCAGCAUCAUCAAAUGCACUGAACUCAGAAUUCGGAAGAGAUGUGCAUAAUCUGUUCUCCCAGCACACCUCGUGCCUCGUCCCUGCCUUCCCUCAUCCCCAAGCCAUAUUUCCUUGCCUUCUGUGGGGUUGAAAUGUUGAAGUCCCAACUGUCCUUAUUCACAAAAGCCACCAAAGGUAGGGGACUUAAGUCCUAGCCCCUAGACAGCUGCUCUGAAGCUCUCUGGGAUCCUCAGCAAUAAAGCACUUUAUUUUCAAAUUCUGCCUGAUGAAGAAUUUUGGACCCUGGCAGUACAAGGAGCCUUUGGUUACGGCCCAAGUCAAGAGUCAAGCCCCCAUAAAUUGUGUUUAUAGUUUACCUAACCCACAGCAAGCUGCUUUUCUUUUCCUGA